AUGGCCGAAGUCUCGAGUAUCGGGCCGAAAAGGCCAAGAAUGGAAGAAAGGAGGCCUCCGCUGGACUGUAGCCAUCGGCUACUGAACCAAUCUCUAGACAUCUUCCACCUUCUGAUCGGAGUGACAGGAAGCGUCGCCACGAUAAAACUCGAGGAGUUAAUCGCUGAUCUUCGCAAGAAGUUUGAUGAAAGUAAAUUGGUUAUUAAAGUGAGUUUUUUCAGUCUUUAAUGUGCAGUUUUAUACUUUUUAAUAGUUUUAUUGUUAUUUUUUUUUCUUGAUAAAUUUAUAUUGACAUUUAACUUAAGGUGGUCACAACUUCUGCAGCGUUAAACUUCUUUGAUCCCAAUAAACUAGAAAGUGAAGGAGUGAUAGUAUAUGAGGACAGUGAUGAAUGGAACAUGUUUAAAAAGCGGGGAGACCCUGUUUUGCAUAUUGGUAAGGCUUUAUAUUAUUUUAGGUGGCUUGUAUUGAAAAGGUCAUAACUCAAUGUGGUAUGACGGGUGUUGUCUAUAGUUUUAGGUGCAGUUAGGGAAGGUUAUAGAGUAUUGGUAUGCGGAGUAUUUUGAGUUUUGAAAAUUUGAAAAAUUAUUUAUGAAUGAUUUUGUUGGGGUAUGUUUUUGUAUUUUGCAAAUGAAAAUUGGUUUUAUGACGAAUAUUUGAAGUCUUUGCAAAAAUUUAGUGUUUUUAUUGACGUAAGUGGAUAAUUCUACUUUUGAAAAUUAAAAAUUGUUUUAGACAUGAAAAACAAUGUUUUAGGUUAAUAUUCACUCACGACUUUUCAGAUUUACGCAAAUGGGCCGACGCCUUUAUAAUAGCACCAUUGGACGCGAAUUCCUUGGCCAAGAUAUGCCAUGGUUUGUGUGACAAUCUGUUGACUUGUGUGGCCAGAGCCUGGGACUUUAACAAACCGUUCUUCUUCGCGCCGGCCAUGAACACUUGUAUGUGGGAGCAUCCGGUGACGGCCGAACAGGUCAAAAAACUUAUUGUUGUGUUUGGUUGCAAAGUAAGUUGUUAUACUUAAGUUUUUGUAAAAUACGUUAGUAGCGUCUUAAUAUAUGGAAAUAUGCUAUUUACAUUGUAAAUUUUAUGUUUUUAAACUUUCAGAGAAUGAAGUACGUUUUUAAACUACAAAUUAAGAAAGGCGGUGUAAAAUAGAGUAAUUUUACUGUUUUGACAUGAAAAUACUUUUAUUUUUCAAGGAAAAUGGCAAGAUCGUGUUACAUUUUAAUAACUAAAAACGAUUUUACAUUGUUUUGUAAAACUGUUUCAUAAGUUUUCGUUCGAAUUGCUUUGAAAGCUCAAAAGUUUUUUAGAUUUAAGUUUUUUAAAAUUGAAAACUAAUUCUAAAUUUUGCUACAGUAAAUUUUGCAAAAGUAAUGUGAUUUUAAGAAACGCACAUUUGGAGGUGUAAUUGUGUCUAUGAAAGUCUAACUGUAUAGACAAAGAUUACACGUUAAUGUGCUGUUAUUAGCUGGGGAACGCCAUAUUAAUCAAAGCGAGACUUUGCUGUUAUCGUUUUUUGUUUGUGAGUAACAAUGGAGUAAUCUUUUGAGAGAUAAAUGGGUAGCUUUCAAAUGGCAAUAGAGUAAAUUAUUGUUUUUGUUGAGUUUUUACUAGGUUUUUGGCACUUUUAAGGGUUUGGACAUGAUUUUAGGUUUAUAUUAGCUUACAUUAUGAAAUUUUUGGACAAUUUUUAAUAUUUUAGGUCACAAAAUUUUAAAUUUUUUUAAAUAAGCUUAUUUUUUGUCUAAAGGAUUAAAAUAAUAUAAAUUACUUUCAGGAGAUACCACCGAUGGAGAAAGAGCUAAUGUGUGGCGAUAAAGGCUACGGAGCCAUGGCCAAGAUACCAAUGAUCUCUUCGGUUAUUACCAGUGCCAUUAGGGACAAAUUUGCUAUUAGAACUAAGCUUAACGACGGUUUUAAAUAGGCGGUCUUGAACUGUUUUAUGUUAACCUUGUUUCAAAACGAGUAUUUUAAUAUUUAAAACGCGGAAUUUGAAUAUUUGUCUUAUCUUAAAAUCUUGUUAUAGUUAACUAAUAUUAACGGCAAUGUUGCAAUUGGUUUAGUAUUUAUUAAAACAAUUUGUUAAUAAUAAACAAUAAGGUACUGACACUAGAUUUGAUAGUAUUUUAUCGACUAGUUUUACUUUUUUCAUUUGAUAUUACUCUGUCGUGCAAGUUGUUUUUAUAUUAAUAGUUACUAUCGAGAAGAUGUAAGACUAUGUUUACCUUAGUAACACGUACAUAUUGGCAAUUAUAAUGACGUUUUCUUUACGUGCUUUUAACCAUUUUUUCAAGGUAUUAAUUUCAUUUUUAGCUACCGAAAUGUGGGUAUUCGGCUAUGGCAGCUUACUAUGGUACACUGACUUCCCAUACGAAGCCGUGAUCCCAGGUGUAGUCCAGGGCUACGUACGACGAUUCUGGCAAAUGAGCCCCGACCACAGAGGUACCGAGACCAAACCAGGACGCACUGUGACGUUGGUACCACAAGAUGGUGGUAUGUGCUGGGGAUUGGCGUACAAAGUGCCCGAGGAACAUAUCGAGAACACGAUUGCCUACCUGAACUUCAGAGAAAGGGCCGGCUACAAGAGAGAAGUCGUGGAGUUCCAUCCGGACAAUGGAGAAGAGCCGUUUGAGCUGAGUGUCUAUAUCUCUUAUCAUCACGAAGACAAUAUUUAUCAUACUGGACCGGUUACUAACGAUGAGAUUGUGGAUGUGGUAAGCCUUUACACUAUUUGUUAUGUUCUAUGAUUACAUAUUAUACAAUAGUAUUGCUCAUUUUCGUCGUUUCUAUAUAGGUGGUGGCAGUCUUUUGGAAUACUUUAAGUUUUUAGGUAACAUUUUUAAAAUUUUCUUUACUUAAAACGUAUUUUAACUAUUUUUUCAGAUUCUUUCUUCAAAAGGUCGCACCGGAACCAACCUUGAGUAUGCCCUAAGGCUAGCUGACAUUCACAGGCGACUAGCACCUCAUAUCCACGAUCCUCAUCUUUUUGACAUUGAGAGGCGGCUUCUGAAAGCUUGUGAAUCGAAAAGGAUACGAGACAAGAUUCUCAACAUUCUUGGUCACAACCUGCCACAUUUAAAGUCGGCGUGA